AUUAAAUUCUACUAAGUAUAAUCGAUUGUUUUGCCCUCGAACUGGAUAAAUGCUAGUUGUCAACAAAGUAUUGUCUAGAAAUUGGUGAAGAUGACGACAUUUUAUAAAUUGGAUAUAAAUCGGACUGAAUGGGAGAUUCCAGAUAUAUACCAGCAGCUUCAAGCUGUUGGCUCCGGGGCCUAUGGACAAGUAUGCAAGGCAAUUGUCCGAAAUACUGGUAUGAAGGUGGCUAUAAAAAAAUUAGCACGCCCCUUUCAGUCGGCUGUUCAUGCAAAAAGAACGUAUCGUGAACUACGAUUACUUAAACAUAUGGAACAUGAAAAUGUAAUUGGCUUGUUAGAUGUUUUUCAUCCAGGCCAACCAGCAGAUUCUUUGGAGAAUUUUCAACAGGUCUAUUUGGUGACGCACUUAAUGGACGCUGAUCUCAACAAUAUUAUUCGAACACAAAAACUUUCUGAUGACCAUGUUCAAUUUUUGGUUUACCAAAUUUUGCGUGGCCUAAAAUACAUACAUAGUGCCGGCAUUAUACAUCGCGAUUUAAAGCCUUCAAAUAUUGCUGUGAAUGAAGAUUGUGAGUUGAGAAUACUUGACUUUGGUUUGGCAAGACCCGCGGAAAGCGAAAUGACUGGUUACGUGGCUACUCGAUGGUAUCGAGCCCCAGAAAUAAUGCUCAACUGGAUGCAUUACAAUCAGACAGUAGAUAUUUGGUCUGUUGGUUGUAUAAUGGCUGAACUUCUAACCGGGCGUACUUUGUUUCCUGGAACCGAUCACAUACAUCAACUUAAUCUAAUUAUGGAAAUACUCGGCACUCCCCCUGAAGACUUUAUGCAAAAAAUUUCAUCAGAAAGUGCUCGGACUUAUAUAAGAGCCUUACCAAAAUUAACACGAAGAGACUUUCGAGAUGUUUUUCGAUUUGCUAAUCCUUCAGCUAUAGAUUUGCUUGAAAAGAUGUUAGAACUGGAUGCAGAAAAACGUAUUACAGCGGAGCAAGCUUUGGCCCACCCAUAUAUGGAGAAGUAUCAUGACCCAAGUGACGAGCAAACAUCACCACUAUAUGAUCAAAGUUUUGAAGAUAUGGAUUUGCCUGUUGAGAAGUGGAAAGAGCUUGUGUUCACAGAAGUUUUAAGCUUUAAGCCACCGCCAGCUUACGCAACGGUCUUACAAAAAUGCAAAUAAAAAACUUAAAAAGUAAGACGUAAUUUUAUUAAUAUGUACUUAAUCAAUUGACUAAGUUUAAAAAAUUAGAAUCAACACAAUAAAUGCCUUAGAUAAAACCAGAUAUAAAAAUGAA